AUGGCGUCGUCGUCCUCCCCGGCGCCGCUGUGGGUCGUCCUCGGCCGCGUCGCCCUCGUGCAGCACGACUCCGUCAAGGACCCCGGGGACCUCUCCGUCAAGCUUUCCUUGCCGCCGCGCGCCUCGACGCUCACCGUGCCCAUGAGCGUCCAUCCGAAGCCCGGCUACGACGACACCGACAGGCACCCCUACGCCAUAGCGGCCGGCGACGCCGGCGUCCUCCUCCACGCCUCCCGCUGGCCCUUCGUCGGCUUCGACCUGGACCGCGACCCGCCGGGCAUCCUCCUCGUGGCGCGCGACUUCCUCGCCGCCGCCGGGCCCGGCAAGGCGCUGGCCACCUCCGUCGUGCGUGUCCCCGACCGCGCCCGCACCUACCAGCCCGGCAUCUCCAGCGUAAGGAACGUCGGCCUCGUCUCCCUCCCCGGCAGCGGCGGCGCCGAAUACGUUGUCGCCGAGCUCCGCAUUGCUGCCGGCAGCGACGACGACGGCCGCGCCACUCUCCUCACCUUCCGCUCCGGCACGGACGCGUGGGUUCAGAAGGAUCUGAGCUGCCCCUCCAUGUCCGGCCGGCGCUGGAUGUGGUCGUCCCACGACGUGAUCGCCCACGACGGCAAGCUUUGGUGGGUGAACCUCGUGUGGGGGCUCCUCGGCUGCGACCCUUUCGCCGACGAGCCGGUGCUGCACCACGUCGCCUUCCAGGAGACGUACCCCGUCGUCGGCCACACGGCGGAGGACGUCGUGAGCCGGCGCAUGGUGAGGGUGAGCCAGGGCAAGGUCCGGUUCGUGGAGGUCGCACGCGGGCGCGCUCACCGCCAGGAGGAGACGCUAGUGGUCGUCUGGACGCUGGUCUUCGGCCCGUCCGGCUUCACGUUCUGGAAGCAGCAGAGCGCGACGAGCCUGGGGAGGAUCUGGGCGAGCGACAGCUACAGGGCGACGGGGCUCUCGGCGACGGUCCCCGUCCUCGCGCUCCUGCACCCAAGUAACCCGGACGUGGUGUACUUCUUCCUGGAGAAGUACCUGGAGAUGUACCUCUUCGGGGUCAGCGUGUCCCGGAGCACGGUGGUGCACUUCGUUCACAACCCUUUCGACCUGGUCAAGGUGGUCUCCGGUCACCGGCGGCCGCCGCCAAUCAGCUGGCGGCACGUCCUCGCUUGGGAGCUGCCUGCUUCGCUUGCCAAUGGCAAAGCAAAUGCAUCCAAUGAUCAGUUAAAGCAUGGAUGA